GUCUGGCGCAACAUGUUUAGACUUGAAAUAAUCUACAUAAAUACAGCAUGAAAAAGGGCUUAGACGAAACUGUACGUAAAAAAUCAAUAAUGGAUAAAACAACAAUUUCAUCAAGAGCAAAAAUUAGUAAAUCUGCAGAAAAGUUCAGAUCUCGCAGUCUUUCAAGUCAUCGUUUUAAACCAAAGAGAUGUAACAAAAGAAGAAAUGAUUUCACUCCAAAUGCACUAUCUCAGUUUAGCGAUGACUUAUCCUGGCCCUUUGGUCUACCUGGAAACAGCUUACCAGUAUCCUUGAAUAAUUCUGUCGAGGCUCAUCAAAACAAACCUAAGAGUGACGACGAAAAAGAUCCCAAUAACCCAAUAAAAACAAGAGUUGAAAUAGAAACCAUUACAGCGCCCUACAACUCAAGAUUACCUACAUCAACGCCCACAAAAAAACGAAAGAAUCCAUCCUCAGUUCAUUCCAAAGGAUAUUUAUCGACAAUAAAACACAUAGAACGUAAGCAACAUAAAAACUCGAACAAAGAAAAUGAUGAGGAUUGCACAUGUUUAGAAGAUUUGCAAGCAACAAAAUGCGAGUCCAACAAUGAACUACCAAGUGAAGGCACUGUCACUGAUCUUUUGAACGGAAAGGAGAAUGUUAUUGACAACGAUAGUCAAAAAGAUUGCAUAGAGGAUGACAUAAAAGAAACUAUACCAAAGGAACAGGCUCCCAAAGAUAAUAAUUUAAACAAUAAUAACGGUUCUGAGUCUGUGGAAAUAAGGAAUACCAACAGAAAAGAUGCAAGGGACCACCGUCCAUAUAUUUAUAGGGAUUACAGAUCAAAAAGCCGAGAGAGUAGGCGCGAUAAAUGCCCUCAUUGUAAACUAUUAAAGGGCGACGCUGGUAAUGGCAUUCCAAAGACUAGAUUUCAUUGCCGUUGUCAGUGUGUUACUAAAGAAGCAAAUUCCUCGGAGAGUAGUGAGGAAAGUAUUGCUGAGAGUGAUGAAGAGGUCGACGAUGAUGAUAAUCAUAGUAACGAAACAGACGACGAUGACGGCGAUUAUGACGACGACGAAGACUGUCAUGAUAAUAACGAUGAUCAUGAUAUCGAACGUCGUCGAGAUAUUGAAAAGAAAAUUCCAUCGUGUUGUUUGCAAACGAUAAAACAAUUAAUGAAUAACAGGGAUUACAGACAUUCUGAUGUGGAAGCUAAAGAAUUACAUCAUCCAACAACACAUCGGAAAGAGAAAAAGAGAAAAUCAAGUGGAAAGUCUAAAAAAAUUUCCAAGAAACCCAGCGUCUCCCCGGACGAAAAGCUAAGUUGGAAUACCCAAUUUAGUCUAGCGCUUUUACCAAUAAAGAAAGAAAAUGCGGACCUAAGGCGGAAGAUAAGACUGUUAGAAGAAAAGAAUACGGAAACUGAAAGAAAUUUGGCAACAGAAUCUGUUAUCAUUAAAAAUAUGAAGGAUUUAGAAGAUAAGUAUUAUAAAAUAAAUAAAGUGAAUCAACAACUAGAGGAUCAAGUUGAGAAGAUGAAAGGCGAAAGACAAACUCUUGUAGAUAUGUUGAAAUCACGUGAUGAUAAUCAUGAAAAGAUUUCUAGGACUUGGCAUUCUGAAAAAACUAGCCUUCUAAAAGAGUUAGAGAUUGAAAGAGUUGCGAGAACAACCCUCGAAAAGAAGUAUGAUAAAGAUGUUAAACAUUACAAGUUUCUUAUCAAGGAAAUUCAACAGAAUUUAUCGAGAUUGCUAUGCGAAUUAGGUCAAGAACCACAAGUUAUUGUAAAUUGUCGUAAAGGCUCAGAGAAAAUUGGACAAGGUUCAACAAGAGGCAGACAAUACGAAUAUUUCGAAAAUGACUCUGCCCACAAUUCUCACGUCUUUAAUUCGAAACCACCAAGCCAUAGUUUAGAGUUUAAAAUGAAUCCUAGCUUUGCCAAUCAAUUUCAAACGCAUGGGAAAAAAUUAAGUAGCGGCGCACAAAGCGCUGUUGAGAAGAUGAAAAGCCUUAUUAAUUCAGCAACUGGAGAUUUCAACUCUAAACCUUUACAAACUAGCUCACCUAGGAGCAAAACGUCUAACCAAGAUUUUUAUCCUAAUCAUUUCGAUGAAAGGUCAGAGAAAACUUCAAUUUGGAAUGAUCAGAAUGCAGAUUUAUAUUACUAUGAUACGAAAAAAAUAACGCUCAACGGCUCUUCCAUAGAUAAGCAGUCUUAUUCAAGAACGUUAUUUGAGAAUGGUGUUAGUGAAACGAAAUACGGUAAAAGAUCUGGUACGAGAAAAAGAUACGGAGAGUUAAAUACUAAUGCUAAUGCUUCUUUGGAUAGUUCAUCAUUAGAUUCGGACGAUACCUUAUUGAAUAUGGACGCAAAAUUGAUUAAUUCCAAAGAGAUUGAAACUAUAAAUGGAGAUGAUACAUCUACAGAAUAUUUCUUUUUACCCGGUUGUAAUUCACCAGCUAAAUUAAAAUCUAAUAAAGACAUUUUAAAAAUGACUGCCGACGACGAAGAAGCAGAUUAUGCAAGAUUGAACGAGGAUAAUAAUCGACCAAUAUCUAAACCCAUUUCAGAGUAUUCCGUUGAAGAAUCGAGACUCAGUGUUAGUGAAUAUUUCAAAAAGUAUGAAAAAACUAGACCUAAAUCGGACCUUGUAAGUUCAGUUAGUGUUGAUACCUAUACAACUGAAAAGAGACAAAAAGACUAUACAAACUUUCAAAAAGGUCUUAGAAGCAUAGACGAAAGUAUUGCUAAAAUUCAAAUGCAUCUUGUCGAAGAUAUAGAAACAUCUUUUAAUAAGUAA